CUGACUGCAUGAAAACCAAACGGCGAUGCCGCCCCCUUAGCACGAACGACAGCGGCGCCGCGCUGCGCCUCGUCAGAGGAAUGUGGAAACAAUAACGUCGAAAGUCGCGACUGCGCCUGCGCCAGCGGAGAUGAGGGACGACGGCCGCAAAGAUGAACUCGGCAGCCCGUCGUCGCUUCGCCAGAAUUCAAUACGGUUGAACGGACCACCCGCGGAAAAUGGCCUCGACCGCACAGGCGCAUCGCGGCAGCUCCCAUCCCAAGCCCCGAGUCCAGACCCCGUCCCAACCCAGACGGCGUCCAGGGGGCAGUGGGACGGGAAGUACGAGUUCCUGCUUUCUUGCCUGGGAUACUGUGUGGGUUUAGGGAACGUGUGGCGGUUCCCUUACCUUUGCUAUCGCAACGGAGGCGGUGUCUUUCUUAUCCCCUACUUCCUCAUGCUCUUUGUCACGGGCGUUCCGCUCUUCCUCAUGGAGCUCUGUCUCGGCCAGUACGGCGCGGCCGGCCCCGUCACCGUGUGGAAAUGCUGCCCCCUGCUUAAAGGUAUCGGCAUCGGGAUGGUCUGUGUGGCCGUGCUGGUGUCGCUAUACUACAACGUCAUUAUAGCCUGGACGUUUUAUUACCUGGGCAGCUCGUUCCAGAGCCCGCUGCCCUGGUCGUGCGACGCCCUCGCCAACGCUGCCAUCUGCAAUAGCUCCAGUGGGGAAAGCCUCAGCCCCUCAGAGAUCUUCUGGAACGAGCGCGUGCUGGGUGUCGUGAACAGCGAGGGCCUGCAUGACCCGGGCCCAGUCCGCCCGCCCCUGGCCCUGUGCCUCCUGGCUGCCUGGAUCAUCGUCUUCCUGUGCAUGCUCAAGGGCAUCCACAGCGCCGGCAAGGUGGUCUAUGUCACGGCUACGUUCCCGUACUUUGUACUGAUCGUUUUGAUCAUCAGAGGCGUUACGCUGGAAGGCUCUCUUCAGGGCAUCGCUUUCUACCUCACACCAGACUGGAGACGGUUAGCCAGUGCGCAGGUAUGGAAUGAUGCAGCUUCGCAGAUCUUCUACUCGUUGGGUAUUGGAGUUGGAGGAGUGCUUUCCAUGGCCUCCUAUAAUAAGUUUGACAACAAUGUCGUAAGGGACACCGUAAUUAUCGCCACUGGAAACUGCCUCUCCAGCUUCUUUGCGGGAUUUGCUAUAUUUUCAGUCCUAGGUCACAUGGCGUGGAGGAGAGGGGUGCCGGUUGCAAACGUGGCAGUUUCCGGUCCGGGAUUAGCAUUUGUGGCUUACCCAGAGGCCCUCGCUCUGCUGCCGGGUUCAGCGUUCUGGUCCGUGCUCUUCUUCCUGAUGCUUUUCAUGCUGGGAAUUGACACGCUUUUUGGCAACAUGGAGGGCAUAACCACUGCGGUACUCGAUGAGUUUCCACAACUGCGAGGGAACGCCAAGUACAAGUCCUUGUUUCUGGCCGUGCUCUGCUUUUGCUUCUACUUGAUGGGGCUCCUGUUAGUCACUGAUGGGGGCAUUUACUGGUUUACGCUCAUCGACUCCUUCAGCACUAGUUUUGGCCUCAUCAUCAUCACCCUCUUCAUGUGCAUUGGCAUCUCCUUCUUCUACGGAGUCAACCAGUUUUGCCAGGACAUCGUCGACAUGAUCCAGCACUGCCCUCCCUGGUGCAGCAAAGUAUUGUUGUACUUCAAAGCAUGCUGGGUCGUCUUCACUCCUUUUCUUCUUUUGUUCAUCCUGUGCUACAUCUUCAUUGAGAUGUACAACACGUCCCUGCACUACGGCUCCUACGUGUAUCCUCGCUGGGGGAAAGCGUUGGGGGUGUGCAUGGCUUCGAUCUGCUGUCUGCAGAUCCUCAUCUGGGCCAUCGUAGCCAUCUACAAAGAAACCGGAACACUGAAAGAACGCUUCCACAAAACCAUUCGACCGCUGAACUCCUGGCGGACAAACAACGGCGCAGGGAGAGCGCAGGGGAGCAUGGAUACAGAGAGGUUGGAGGGUCUAUUCACAGUUACUCUCACGGACAUGGACUUCAAUGCGAUGACGUGGGAGGAGGGAUGUGACGGCGUGAGGAACAAUGAACGCACAUAGAGGAGCAGACUAUUUUAUUGAUAAAUCACUGAAAAGACGAUGACUAAAUUUGCUCUAGGUUAGCUUUGGUGGUGGUGCAGUAUUAAUGGAGCGAGCAGCAUCAUGAACUUUCGCUAAGCAGCAGCGCCCUCUAGUGGCUUAAAUGUGAACAGGACGCUGGUGACUGCAUUGCACUGCCAUCGCCGUUGUUCAAAGGGGCAGAAACAAAGUUGAUGCAAGAGAAUUGGGCAAUUUGGAAGGGCGUACUUGGCAAAUAAAGAUGAUUCUGAUUCUGAUGAGGCCUCAACUGUGGCAGGUCAGAGGCGGGUCAUUCUGAAUUUGCCGUUGGCGCUUGAACAAACAACCAGUGGACAGCUACCAAUCGGUAGCUCAUUAGUAUAGAAACAAGCUUGAAUGGUAAAAGCAGUUACCAUAUUUCAUAGUACCAAAAAAAAAAAAAAAAAAAUGCUUUUAUUGCUACAUAAUGUUCCUUUUUUUUAUGUUGUUUGUUUUAAAAUUGUUUUACUGUUUUCUUUAUGGGAAGUGUCGGCUCCUGGAGCUCUAAUUUAUAUCGGAAGUUGGUUCUGUCGCUAUAUUAUAAUCAUUUACUUUAAGUCAAAAUGAAAUUCCACUGAUUGCAGUCAACUUAUGGAACAGGGGAGUCUACACCCAGCACAAAAUAGAAUUUCCAAGAUGAAUACUAGCCAGAAUAACGAUGCAUGCUGCACAUGUGUAAGAAUGAGGAAUAAAUUGCCAAAUUGUGUCUUUAAA